UCCCGUUUCGGUUUGCAAGCAAGCAAGCAAGCAUGGCAGGCUUAGAGCUGCUCUCUGAUCAAGGAUUUCGAAUAGACGGGAGGAGAGCGCACGAAUUACGUAAAAUUCAAUGUAAGCUAGGGGUUUUCAGUCAAGCCGAUGGUUCAGCAUACGUAGAACAGGGAAAUACUAAGGUCUUAGCUGCUGUUUACGGACCUCAUGAGAUUCGAGGAAGUCGCAGUAAACUUCUGCAGGAUAAAGUACUUGUCAACUGUCAGUUCAGUAUGGCAACCUUCAGCACCAGUGAACGUAAAAGGCGACCAAGAGGGGAUCGAAAAUCUCAAGAAAUGACAAUGCAUCUACAGCAAACAUUCAAUGCUGCUAUCUUAACCAGUCUUCAUCCCAGGUCUCAAAUUGAUAUCUUUGUUGAGGUUCUACAAUCUGAUGGGGGAAAUUAUUGUGCCAGUGUGAAUGCUGCGACAUUAGCUGUAAUUGAUGCUGGAAUCCCCAUGAAAGACUAUGUCUGUGCUUGCUCAGCGAGUUAUCUAGGCGACAGUCCCAUUGUUGACAUUAAUUAUUUAGAAGAAUCUUCAGGAAGUCCAGAAAUUAUAGUUGCUGUUCUUCCCAAGUCGGAACAGAUUGUUUUUCUGGAGAUGAAUGGUCGGCUUCAUGAAGAUAAUUUGAGUAAGGUGGUGGACAUGGCUGUUAAAGGCUGUAAGGACGUGUAUGGAGUGUUAGACCGGACAGUCAGGGAACAUGUCAGUGAAGUGGGGACCUCACUGGAACCAUGAUAUUACUAAUAUCUGCUAGUAGAUUUAUAGAUG